AAUAGGAAGAGAGGGAGCUUUCUAACAGCUGAGCGAAGCUUUGCUCUUAGGCUCCGGUAGGAUAGAGAUGCUGCUCCCACAUUGGCAGAAGUUGCCAAGGUAAAAAUCCACUUUUUCCUCAGCUGUAAGCAGCCACUAGACUUUUUUUCAAACUUUAUUUUUUACUCUGUGAUAGGUUAAUCCCAACUGUGAGCUCCAGAAAAUAAACUCUUGGAUUCAGUCUAAAUCGAGAAGAAAAAGGAGGAUGGAGAGGAGCCCCAUCCCUGUGUUGACGGUCCAAACCGCCCCCUUUGAGGACCAGCAGCCUGGAACCAACGGGCUGCGGAGGAAGACUGCGCUGUUCGAGGGGAAGAGGAACUACUUACAGAACUACAUCCAGAGCCUGCUGUCCUCCAUCGAUCUGCGGGACAGACAGGGCUGCACCAUGGUGGUGGGCAGCGACGGCCGCUACUUCAGCCGGGCUGCCAUUGAGGUCAUAGUCCAAAUGGCAGCUGCCAAUGGGAUUGGUCGUCUUGUAAUCGGUCUCAAUGGACUUCUUUCCACCCCUGCCGUGUCCUGCAUCAUAAGGAAGAUUAAGGCGAUUGGUGGGAUUAUCCUCACGGCAAGCCACAACCUUGGAGGUCCCGGUGGAGACUUUGGAAUCAAGUUCAAUGUGGCUAAUGGAGGCCCAUCUACUGAUACAGUAAUAGAGAGGAUCUCCCAGGUGAGCCGGACCCUGGAGGAGUACGCCAUCUGUCCUGAUCUCCGCAUUGAUCUCUCUAGACUGGGGAGGCAAGAGUUUGAUCUUGAAAACAAGUUUAAACCAUUUAGAGUGGAGAUUAUAGACUCUGUUGACGUCUAUCUACAACUGUUGCGAAACAUCUUUGACUUCUCUGCCAUUAAGAGUCUACUCACAGGACCAGAUCAGCUGAAGAUACAUAUAGAUGCCAUGAAUGGAGUGAUGGGCCCCUAUGUGAGAAGGAUCCUGUGCGAUGAGUUAGGGGCUCCGGCAAACUCCGCCGUCAACUGCGUCCCACUGGAAGACUUUGGAGGUCGGCCACCGGAGCCCAACCUGACCUACGCCACCUCUCUGGUUGAUGCAAUGAAAGGGGGCGAGUUUGGAUUUGGAGCUGCAUUUGAUGCAGACGGGGACCGAUACAUGAUCCUUGGAGAAAACGGCUUCUUCGUCAACCCAUCAGAUUCGGUGGCCAUUAUAGCUGCCAACCUCUCCACCAUCCCUUACUUUAGACAACAUGGUGCCAGAGGCUUUGCCAGGAGUAUGGCCACAAGUGCGGCCCUUGACAGGGUAGCCAAAGCCAUGAAGUUGGCUCUUUAUGAGACUCCCACAGGCUGGAGGUACUUUGGGAACCUGAUGGAUUCUGGGCGCUGUUCCCUAUGUGGGGAGGAGAGCUUUGGAACUGGUUCUGACCACAUUCGUGAAAAAGAUGGCCUGUGGUCAGUGCUGGCGUGGUUGUCCAUCAUGGCAGCCAGGAAACAAGGUGUGGAGCAGAUUGUCAGGGAGCACUGGGCCAGGUUUGGACGCAACUACUUCUGCAGGUUUGACUAUGAAGGCUUGGACCCACGUGCGGCCUUUUACCUGAUGAGGGACCUGGAGACGGUCAUUUCUGACAAGACUUUCUGCAGUCAGAAGUUUGCUGUGGGAGACCAUGUCUACAGUGUGGAGCGGGCCGAGAACUUUGAGUACAUUGACCCAGUGGACGGGACAGUCGCUCGGAACCAGGGAAUAAGGAUUAUCUUCAGUGACUCUUCCCGCCUCGUGUUUCGGAUGAGUGGGAGCGGUGGUGGGAUGGGUGCCACCAUACGUAUAUAUGCAGAAAGCUUUGAGAGAGACCCUGAGAGACAUAGCAGGGAGACUCAGGUGGUUCUGGGUCCUCUCAUUGCCAUCGCCCUGAAGAUCUCCAACAUUCAUGAAAGGACAGGACGCCGUGGCCCAAACGUCAUCACAUGAGCUAAAAGGAUAAAAGGGAGAUAUACACUCACACACACAAUAUAUGCAUACCUGCUCACACUCAUAAAAUAUAUAUGUACUUUUCUUGCAUUUCUUGCAGCUUCAGCUUAGUUUUUCACUUUCCCCUAAAUAAGAAAUAACCUGAGGAUUUUUUUUUUUUAUUUCUGUUGGAAAUUGUCUCCUAAAGACAAACAUGCUGUCAGCCACAAAUCUAUGUUUGUUUUUCUCCACUGUGAUAAUCAGUUACUGAAAGGUGAAAUUAAAUAAUGCAACUGAUAAAUAUUGGAAAUUAUGUUAACAAUAAAUGCAAACCUUAAGACAGAAUAUUUUUGUUUCUGGA